AUGGAGAACAGGACAGAAGUGACACAGUUCAUCCUCCUAGGACUAACCAAUGCUCCAGAACUACAAGUUCCCCUCUUCAUCACUUUCACUGUCAUCUACCUCAUUGAUGUGCUUGGAAAUCUGGGUGUGAUCAUUUUGAUUCUCUGGGACUGUCGUCUCCACACUCCCAUGUACUUUUUUCUUGGUAAUUUGUCUCUGGUGGACAUCUGUUACUCUUCAGCUGUCACUCCCAUGGUCAUGACUGGGCUUAAAGGAAACAAGGUCAUUUUCUACAAUGAUUGUGCUGCUCAGGCAUUCUUUUUUGGAGCCUUCGCCAGUGUGGAAAAUUUACUCUUAGCCUCAAUGGCUUAUGACCGCUAUGCAGCAGUGUGCAAGCCCCUGCAUUACAGCACCAUCAUGACUACUAAUGUGUGUGCAUGUCUGACCACAGGCUGCUAUGUCGGUGGCUUCUUGAAUGCCCUCAUCCACAUGGGGGAAACAUUCAGUCUCUCUUUCUGUAUGUCCAAUGUGAUCCAUCACUUUUUCUGUGAUGUCCCAGCACUCAUGGCUCUGUCUUGCUCUGACAGACGUGUUAAUGAGCUGAUUCUUGUUUAUGUAGUCAGCAUCAAUAUCUUUUUUGCCCUCCUAGUUAUCUUGAUAUCUUACCUAUUUAUAUUUACCACCAUCCUAAAGAUGCACUCAGCUGCAGGAUACAAGAAGGCUCUGUCCACCUGUGCCUCCCACCUCACUGCAGUCCUCAUUUUCUAUGGAACUGUUAUCUUUAUGUACGUACAACCCAGCUCCAAUCACUACAUGGACACAGACAAAAUUGCAGCUGUGUUCUAUAGUAUGGUCAUCCCCAUGCUAAAUCCUGUGGUUUACAGCCUGAGGAACAAGGAUGUCAACAGUGCAUUCAAGAGGGUUGUUUUGGCAGCAAAACUAUCGUCAGGAUUCUGA